AUGAAAAACCAACGAACUCUAACAUUGGAGGGUUCUGAUUUAAGGCAAGCGAAGAGCGGUGGGGGAGGGGCGGCAGGCUUUCUCACGGCACCGCAGGCAAAAAAAAACUUGCUGAAAGGCCACGUCCGACCCGUAGGCUACCAGAUGCCUAGAAAACGUGUGAGAACUACAUAUAUCACGGCUAAGCUUCGUGUACAGAUUUGGAAAGAGCUUUACUCACGCUUGCUUCAAACACUACAAAGUGAGUAUAUUCUUCCAGCCUGCGCAGUGGAUUUUUUUAGUGAGGUACAGCGUGCGCAGAACUGGCCCCACCUUCUACUCCUAAGGUUCAACUGUCAGGGCCUAGCGAGCUAG